GCACACCUUUCUUCGGAACUAUUGAAGAGGCAUGUCGGGCACGUCUGAGACGGCGCAGCUGAAGCAGAAUGUUGAGGAGCAGCUGAACCGCCUGCUCAAGCAGCUGGCGGAGAUUGACGAGGGCUAUGAGGAUGGCGAGCUGGAUGAGGAAGAGUACGAUGAGAUGCGCGAGGAGACGCUCGAGCAGCUGGCCGAGUUCCAGGAGACGCUGUCGUCGCUGAUGGAGGGCGACAUGUCGCUGGUGGACGAUCUGUCGGCGAUGAAGCUUGCUAUUCAGGCCGCUGUCUCGCAGGCCUUCCAGACACCCGAGGUCAUCGAGUUGUUUGCCAAGAAGCAGCCCGACGCGCUGCGGGCAAAGUACGAGGAGCUGGAGACCCAGCUGCAGCUCGGCAAGCUGACCGAGGCCUCUUUCAACGCCAAGAAGCUGGAGAUGCUUGCCGCCAUCCUCAACCUCGGCGGCGCCCUCACCGAUGGCGAGAAGGCAUACCUUCAGAAGAACAUGAACGAGACGCUCGCCCAGUUCCAGAACGCCGCCACCAACCUCUCGGCCUCGGCCAACAAGGAUCUGCUCUCUGGUGCCGCCUCGGACAUUGCUCGCGCCUCGGGCCAGUCGUAAACCCCAUGACUCUUACCCA